AUGGAGCGUGGACGCGUUCCAUUUGGCGAUCACGGGUUGGGAAUGGACCCCCCAUCGUGCACAGGCGAGUCAUGGGAUGUGGACUCGACAGAAGUACUCACCGGUGUGGCCGACGCAGGUCGGCAAAACGGUUGCUUGUGA